AUGACAUCAUAUCGCAAGGGAAUUCUCGCUCUCGGCCGUCCCCUAUAAAACCGGCUGUUAUCUCCAAUGCCGGAGUCACUGAGAGCACAGCCGCUGCUAUCAAACGAAGUACAUCCUGAAAACGCUCUGUUUCCACUACUAUGUCUUUAUACGCGUCUUCAGACUCUCGUCGCGUCAGUCCCGCCGUGAGCGGCUUUAAAUUCGACACGGCGCACCGCAAGAAAGCGUCGCCGAAUAUCUUCGAAAACAUCAACCAGGACGUCCUGGUGAAACUCUUCGAGAAAGCAGGAGACUUGAAGGCGGUGGAGAGAGCCAGGAGCAUCAUCGCACUGCACCAGGAUCCUGAGGGCAUCUCCAAAGCGCUCAUGGCUCUUCAGCAGGACAAGAAGGACAAAUGUAUUUUUAUUACCGGACUGACGCGCCAGACACUAAAGUUUCGUUGAGGGAAGUUUUCGUUGGGAAACCGUGCCGAUAUGCGCACAGAAAGAGAAACCGUGAUCACGUAUGCUGGAGGCUGGUGUUCCUCAAGGCUUUGUGCUGAACUCGUGAUGGUGUCCUUUCGGAAUCAUGCUGGUUUGCUGAGAAAAUACAGAGAGAGAGAAGACUAAACUGAUCCAGCGCAAGAAAAGAGCUUGAAGACACUUGCGCAUUGACACCACAUGGAGAACGUUUGAAAUAUGGACUGAUGCCACGGGUGAAAUUUGCUUAUUAAGUAGUUCUGUAUCAGCUGUGCUGUCAUGUUACAGUAUGCUUGAAAAAAAUAUAUUUUGAAUAAAGCUGUUUUGAUCAUCUCA